UCAAGGUCAAUCAUGUAACGUAAACUGUAAACAUUGCAAUUAAGCAUUUUUUAAGUAAAAUAAUAAAUAUCCAAUAUCGUACAAAUUUUAUAUCCUCUUACAUGAUACAAGUCUUUUGAAAGACAUUUUGGGUCUAGGAAUAUAAUGGAACAUAAUGACCUAGAUGUCGAUAUGGCCCAAUUAGAAAUUAAUGAAAAAAAACGUAACUUCACAGGCGUUUUUAAAUAUAAAUUAACUGAAGACAACUCGCCAAUUUCUAGUCCCGAAUCAAAUGAGACCAUAACUCAACCAAGACGAUCGGGUCGAAAGAAAAUUCGUUCCCAAGAAACGGAGAAAAGGAGAGUUUUGACAAAGCCUAAAAAACUCCUUAGCAAUAAUAGCAAUACUAAUGAAAUUAAUAACUAUUAUUUGGACAAGAGAGUUAAGAGACUGCCUCCUUCUUUGGAAACUAUUUUUGAAGAACCGAAAGGUAACAGUUUCAUGAGUACGAGGAAGUUUAAGAGGUGUAUCCAAUUUAGCAGCCAAGUAGCCCCAUGUAGGAAUAAGUUAAAAGUGAAAAAGAGAUCCAUGAAAGCCCAAAAGGUUUCCAUUAUUAAAAGACUGAAUAAGAAUGUAGCGCUGGAACUGCUAAAAGAAAAAUUAUCUGCUAUCGAAGAGGAUGAGGAAAUUAAUUCUUAGUCCAUAUGAAUAUAUAAAAGUGUAUAUCAUUGUAUAGUAUUAUGUGGUAUAAUGUGUAUUAUUGUGAUAAAUAUUAGUUUCUCUGCCUAAUUUUGUGGUAAAAUCGCCCAAGUUUUAUUUUUCGUACCGUUUUAGAAAAGAAGUUUCUUUAAAGAAUGCACAUAUUUUUUCUUAAAUGUGGCACUUUACAUACUCUGAAAUUUUGUUUAUUUAUUUUUGCUGUGAAAAAAAUUGGU